GAAGAACCGUGCGAACCCGUCCAGCUCCAGGAGAAGGUAAGCACGGCCCGGCCCGGGUCAACAAUGCAGGUCCGCUCCUCUGGCCCGGCAGACACAUUUAGGGAGCAGCUCGUUGCCGCCGGCGGGCGGUGCUUACAGACAGUUGUUUCCAAACGCACCGCUGAUGGAGGGGCGGCAGUAUGUUGUACCGGGUCCACGGCCCGGUUCUGGUCUCACAGGCACCCGGGUUCAGGUCUCACUGGCCUAGCUGGACCGCCUGUUGUUUCUGUACCCGCCCGGGUGGAAAGUUUCCUGCAGCCGGGACGCCAACGCUUCUGCGGCAACAUGGAGACAGAGUUGUUUAUGGAGUGUGAUGAAGAGGAGCUGGAACCAUGGCAACAGGUGGAUGACAGCAUGGAGGAAGAUGAGGUGGACUUCAUGGAGCCAGUGGAGGAUUCUCCAUCUCCUCUUCCAGCCUCUGAGACUCCACCCCCCAGGACUCCUCCACCAAUCACACCUCAGACAGCUCCUCUCGUACAGAUCGUCUGCUCCUCUGUGAGACCUCCUCUUCCUCCUGCUCUUCCUUCUCCUCUUCCUCCUGCUCUUCCUUCUCUUCUUCCUCCUGCUCUUCCUCCUCCUCCUUAUCCCUCCGUCAUCACUUCCGCCGUCUCCCGCAUUGCCCCGUCCUCCAAGCCGGCUGCGGCCCCGCCCCUGAUGGCUCAGGCCCCGCCCCUCUUCCUGACACAGACGGCGGGCGGGACGUUCCUCCUCCCAGCGGCCCCCGGGACGCGCCACGCCACACCCAUCCUCCUCACCACACAGCAGCAGGUCAGGUGUUCAGCGUCAGUUACCACGGUGAUCUGCCAGGGCUUCCCGGUGAUGAACCGCGGAGCUCCUCUGCUGCUGAACCUGCAGCCGGGUCAGACGGUCCAGCCCCUCACCCUGAUCCAGUCGCCAUCGCUGGGUCAGCUGGUCCGGCCCAGCGUGGGCGUGUCCCCGGUCCCCCAGGGCCAGGCUGUCCAGGCCAGGCCAGGCCCCGCCCCCUCCCGAGGCUCCGCCUUCACCGCCAUGCAGCUGCCCGCCACGCUGACCUUCCGCACCGGCACGCCAGGACCCGUUAACCUUCAGAUGACCCAGGUGGGCGGAACCAACGCCCUGAAGCUGGCGGUUUCCCCCGCCCUCCCUUCUGGAUCGGCCAAUGGCGUCACCAGAAUCUUCAGCAGCGCUCCUAGCCCCGCCCCCUCAUUCAUCACCGCCCACAGUGUGACCUCCCUGCCGACCUCCGACCCCCCCCGGGUGGUGAUGACCGUGGAGGAGUUCUACUACGGGACCUUUGAGGGCGACCUGAGUCUGAGGAAGCCGCUACAACUGGGGAUCAAAACCUCCACCUUCACCUGCCACAUCUGCCAUUACCUGGCCGAGAACAACCUGAGGUUGAUGCAGCACAUGCUCCACCACUCGGAGCUGAUUGGAGGAAGAGCACCAGGUGAUGACAGGAAGUGCUGCAAGUUCUGUUACCGACAGUUCUCUUCUCCAGAUCAGCUGCAGAGCCACGAGGACCAGGUGCAUGGCCCCGCCCUCUCCUCCUGUUUGUGUCGUAUUUGUGAAUGGGCAUUUGAGAACGAGCCGGCCUUCUUGAACCACAUGAAGUCCAACCACAAACCCGGAGAGAUGCCCUACGUCUGCCAGGUGUGCUCUUAUCGCUCGUCGUUCUCUGCCGACAUCGUGCAGCACUUCGCCAGCUUCCACAAGGACUCUCGCUUCCUGAUGUGUCUUUUCUGCUUGAAGGUGACAAGAAACCCCGUUAGCUACCAGCAGCACCUGUUGAGACACCAGGUGAAUCAGGCCUUUCACUGCAACAGGUGUCGUCUGCAGUUCAUCUUCCUGAAGGACAAGAUGCAGCACAAGCUGGAGAACCAUCGCAGCUUCCGCCGCCCCGCUCAGCUUGAAGGACUGCCGCCGGGGUCAAAGGUGACCAUCAGAACUUAUGGGAAGAUCAGGCCUCUGACACUAGCGGGGGGGCGGCUGCUCCAGAGCCCCGCCUCCCUCGUCCAGCCAAUCAACAUCAAGACUGAGACGUGUCCGCUCCAGAGGAUCCCCGGCCUCAACAAGUCACCUCGAUCCCCAACCAAGAGACCCGUGGGCCGAGUCAACAGGACUUCAGGUGGCGAUGCAGACUACCUGGUGUGUCUGGAGUGUGGAACCAGGGUCCUGGACUUCUCGGCUCACUACCCGACCCACGUCCGGUGUCUGCUGUGUCCGUACAGCAGCUGCUGCUCCCGGGCCUACGCGUCCCACAUGAUCCAUCACCACGUUCCGCAGACCAAAGACAAAGUUCUUCCUCUCCACAGACUGCCUCCUCCAUGUGUGUUCCGGCUGCAGUGUUCUCACUGUGGCUUCAGCUCUCAGACUGCAGAUCACAUGGCUGAUCACCUGCUGAGGAACCCGGAGCACCACAGCGCCACCUGUCACGCCCGGAGCAACAUUGAACGUGACAUCCAGUUCUGCCCCAGUGAAGAGCAUCAGCCUUCAGAAGAGACAGAACCAGUCCAGAAGCAGGACUUGCUGGAUUUGUCCUGGAGGUUAGCGGAUUGUUGGACACAACCAUCAGAGUGCGACUGCUCCGACUCCACCAUCGCCUCAUUCGAGCAGAGCGCCGGACCUCAUCACUUCCUGUCCAAGAACACAGACGCCAUUGACUUCUUUCACCUGCUCUUCCCUUCAGAGCUCAUGGAGCUGAUCACCAACGAGACCAACGCCCACGCCAAGACCAGCCAUUUCCUUGGCUACGGUUACUCGGACUGGGUCCCCACCACCAUCCACGAGAUCAAAGGUUUCAUCGGCCUUGUUGUUCUAAUGGGGAUCCAGAACCUCCCCGACCUGUCCCACUACUGGUCCUGGAGUCACUAUGACAACAGCUACACCUUCUACCGCGCCAUGAGCUUUAAGCGCUUCAAGCAGAUUGCUGCCAACAUCCGCAUGGGCAGCUUCACCACGGCUGAGUUUCGUGGAACCGGCGAACCCGGCGACUCGCUGCACAUCUUCAGGCCAAUGCUGAAUAUUCUGGAAGGAGCUGUGUGGGACGCCUAUCAGCCGAACUGCUGCCUGUCCGUGGACAGGGCGCUGCUGCCCAGCCCGGAGGAGGUCAGCUGUGACGGCAAGGCGGAUCCAAAGACCCAGCCUCAGGUUUGGCUGCUCUGCGAUUCCAAGUCUGGCUACUGCCACCGCUUCUUCAUCCAGGUGGGAGAGAAGGAGGGCCAGGAGCAAGGCUUCACUGUGGUGCCGGAGCUGGUGAAGGAUCUGGUGGACAAACACCACCAGCUCUACCUUGCUAGUUCGCUUGCAUCGGUCCCACUCAUGCAGAAGCUUCUGGACCAGGGCAUCUACGCCUCCAGCUCCUUCCCUCCACUCAGCCACAUACUGCCUAGAGAGCUGUGGGAGGAAGGUUGCCUGGAGAAACCUGGGGACUUCCUGCAGAGACAGUUUGGCCCCCUGCUGGCCACCCGCUGGAGGGACACCAAAGAGAUGGGCUGCCUGUCGACUAAUGCAGAUCCGGGUGAACAGGACACUGUUUGGAGGAGGUCUCAGACCAAAGUGGGCGGACUGGACCCCAUAGACCGCCCCAUGGCCUUCUGCCUCCUGCAGGAGAACAUGCGAGGGGUUGACAUCUGCAAGCAGUUGCUGGCCUGCAACCCGCUCGGAGGAAUCCCCCAGGACCGGCACUGGCGCAGGCUCUUCUGGUUCCUGGUCAACCUGAGCAUUGUCAAUGCCUUCAUUGUGCUGCGGGAGAGCCGCAAGGAGAACCCACCGGCCUGGGUGCAAGACGGCCUCUUCACUCAGGUCAACUUCCGCAAGCGUUUGGGCAACCAACUCGCCAAGUGUGCUCAGAACUACUCUGAGACUGUGGAGAUCGCCAGCUCCCGCGGGAUGAGGGUGAAACCGACUGAAGUACCAGUGAAACAGAGACACAGGAUGGGGAAGAUCAGCAGCAUCUCCAAGAGGUGCAAGACCUGCCAUCUGAGGAACCUCCGCCACGAGAGCGUGUACGGCUGCAUCGUCUGCAGAACCAACCUGUGCAAACAGCCGAGCUGCUUCUGGGAAUUUCACGGCUUGUCACCCAUAAACAAAGGAUCAACAAGAGUCGGAUUUAUCAAGGACAGAAUAAGCGGAGAAAUAACAGUGAAGGAGGUUGAGGACAAUGUGGACGGGGCGAUGGCGCCUGUGGAGGACAUGGACUUCUCUGACAAUGAGCUGGAUGACAUUGAUGAUGAUGAUGAGCUGGAAGAUAUUAAGGACAAAUUCAUCAAUGAAGAAAAACGUCCAAUGUCUGACCUGCCGUCAAGAACAACCACGCCGCCCGGCCACCCCCGACCAGCGACCACCUCAUCUGCCUGUAAAGAGCGCGACGACUUCCUCACCGCCCGUCAGCUCCGGAUCGCCCUCUUCGCUCUGUGUGAUGGACUCCGCCAAGCCUCGAGGGUCUUCUUAACCGAGCCGCCGCUCAUCCGGUCCUGGUUGAAGGACGCCAGGAGGCGCCUGAAGUCAACAGUGCGAGAGCAGAAGUCGGAUGCUGACGGCGGGGACCUCAUGGUGGCCUGGGUGCUAUCCAUGCGUGAGCAGCAGCUUCCCAUCACAGAGAGCAACCUCUUCCACAAAGUCUCCAUCCUGAAGAAGAAGGGAGGUUUCAGCGACUCCUUCCGCAUCUCCUACGACUGGGCGGUGGGCUUCAUGCUGAGGCAUCGGCUGGGCGUUCAGAGCAGCGGCAGGGCCGCCACGCUGGCUCACGCUCUGCCGCUUUCCCUGGAGGCCAAGAUCAAGUCCUUCAGGGAUUUCACACAGAAGGUCAUCCGGGUCAACAAGCUGUCAGAAAGCACCGUGGCCGCGAUGGACGAGUUGUGUCUCUUUGUGGAUUUGAGGUUAGUUCAGGACAAGUCUCGCCGCUCUGAGGCCCUGGAGCUCACAGGAUCUUUACCUCUGGUCACCGUGUACCUGGCGGUGCUGGCCAAUGGCACCAUGUUGCCGUCUGUGGUGUUGGCCAACCCUCAGCUGGCUGAGAAAGUCCUGCCUGACUUUAUCCUGCUGGAGACCGGACCAGAAAGCCUAUUGGUAGAACAAGCCUUGGAUCUCUGGACUAACAAGGUUUGGCUGAAGCAUAUGGCCGGUCCAACUCGGCCCAGGAAGUCAAUGCUGGUCUUGGAUCGACACCGGGAGCACAUGGGGGAUUCGUUCCUCACGUCCAUUAGUGGAUCGGGGACCCUGCCGGCUGUGAUUCCUGGAGGCGACUCCUUCCGUCUUCAGCCCCUGGAGAUUUGCGUGAAGCCGGUUCUGCAGCACUUCCUGUUGUCCCGUUGGGCAAGGUUCACCAGAGGAAACCCGAAGGAGUUGGAGGAGACGUCGCCCCACCAGCUCCAAGCGAACGUGGCCCAGCUGCUGGUCGAUUGGGCGGUCGAGGCCCUGACGCAAUUAAAAAAACUGCCACAGCUUUGGAAGGAGUCGUUCCGCCUGACGGGUCUUUUGCCGGGGCGGGAGGUGGAGGAGGAGACGAUGAGUCCAGAGGAGAUCCAGUCGGACCUUCUCAAGACCCUGACAGAGACCCUGCUGGGGCCUGAGGCGUUGAAGGCCGAUUAUUCUGAGCUGCUGGAGCUGGAAGACAAUGAGGACACAGAGGAGGAACAAGGAGAAGAACAGAGGGCAUCAAAGGAGAAACAAGGAGAGGGAAAGGAUGCAAAAAAGGACAGGGAAGAAACCAGGGAGGAGAUUAAGGCGGAAGGGAAGGAAACAAAGGAGCGUAGACCAGUGGACACAGAAAAGGACACAAUCAAAGGUGAGGAAGACAGGAAGAAGACAGAGGAGGACAUGAACAAAGAAGUUGAGAAGCUAGAGGAGGACAGUGAGGAGGAAGGAAAGGAGACAGAGGAGGACAGGAAGGAAGUGAGCAAGGAGAGGCGAGAGACCAGGAUAGUGAUCGGAGAGGAAGUCGGUGACGAGUGGAAGAUAACGGUGAAGAGCCGGGCCGACGGCGUGGAGGACGACGAGAUGGAUGAAAGCUGAGGCAAAGACAACACCUAGCCCAGGUGUCCCUCAACAGGUGUCCCUCGACUGGUGACCCCGACAGGUGUCCCUCGACUGGUGACCCCGACAGGUGUCUGAUGGAACGUCUACCACUAGAUCUCCUCACUGAUAUCUACUAAAACAAGAGAGUGGCCAUGGCUCCGCCCAUAAACACACCUGUCUCAAUGGGGACACGAAAGCUGCUACAAGUGUGCUGUUGAGUUGGUCCCAAAAUAUUUGUACUUAUUGUUCUGGUCCAGCUGUUCCCGACAGACGAGGAUGCUAGUGGACAUCAGAGGAUGCUAGUGGACAUCAGAGGAUGCUAGUGGACAUCAGAGGACGCUAGUGGAUAUCAUAGGAUGCUAGUGGACAUCAGAGGAUGCUAGUGGACAUCAGAGGAUGCUAGUGGACAUCAGAGGACGCUAGUGGACAUCAGAGGGAGCUAGUGGACAUCAGAGGGAGCUAGUGGACAUCAGAGGACGCUAGUGGACAUCAGAGGGAGCUAGUGGACAUCAGAGGGAGCUAGUGGGCACCAGAGGACGCUAGUGGACAUUAGAGGGAGCUAGUGGACAUUAGAGGAUGCUAGUGGACAUUAGAGGGAGCUAGUGGACAUCAGAGGAUGCUAGUGGACAUCAGAGGACGCUAGUGGACAUCAGAGGAUGCUAGUGGACAUCAAAGGAUGCUAGUGGACAUCAGAGGGAGCUAGUGGACAUCAGAGGACGCUGGUGGACAUCAGAGGACGCUAGUGGACAUCAGAGGAUGCUGGUGGACAUCAGAGGACGCUAGUGGACAUCAGAGGACGCUACUGGACCUUUGUUUAUUUAUUUUACAACAUGACAAUAAAACACCAGGAGAGCCAAAGGUUUGUGUGAGUGAAACAACAUCUAAGACUUUUUUAAUUCAUUCAUUUCUCAAGCAGUUUCUCUGAUGAAUUUAGUCUAAAGCAUCAGCAGCUUCCUGUUUGCGUGGCAGCCAAUCGGCUUCCAGAACACAAGGUGUUAAUGUGAAAGUGUUGCAUCAUGUGACCAGAACCUGGACCUGAAUAUUCUGAUGGAUGUUAGCACAAGACUGUGGCAGAACAGAUGUUGUUGAUGAUGAUGGAUUCUCUUCCUCAUUAAUAAAAUACAAACAUCUUCAGGUUUGGAUUCCUUUCUCUUUA